CCAAACUGCUGGUGAGAGAGUUGUUCUCGAACGAACGUUCCCUGCGCACUUUAUUGUUUCGCCCAGCGACUGCAUCUUUUUUUUGCGAGCGAGAAACCGAUUUCCGGUGAGCAAUGUCUGAGGCGCACUUUGACGAGUACGAGCACUUCAACUACGACUACGACAAGCACAUCUUCACCGCGCACGGCGGUAAGCAGAGAAGCAAGCGGGAAGCGGUCGCCCAUACCAAUCACUUCGACCCGAGCGGCCAUUCUAGAAAGAUUCUCACCAAGCUGAUGAACACCGAGCAUAACAAACGGCAACCCAGCAAGAGCAAGGCGUAAUCCGUUGAGAUUGCACGCUCCUAUCUUCGCGGCGGGCGCUGUCAAGUUGGAUCUCAUCUCACAAGACUUUACCUUCCGCUUCUAGGACGACCUGAAUAACAAAAAAAUAAAAAAUAAAAAAAAAAAAAAAUUAUAUGUAUGCCACUUGAUUGUCGAAGAUGCAUUUAGUCGUAGGUUCUCAUUUAACGCGGCACGAUAAUUUUAUAAUCGUGCCUAAUCAUUAUUUUCAUUUACGAUAAAAUAUGCACGAAUCACGUUAUUCAUUUAUACCCAGCAAACAAUUUGGCUGUCAGAUGUCGCGAUUUUGUCGCCAACCCCCACACCAAAUCCACAUCCAUCUGUGUCCUCAGUAGGAUAUGGUUUUGGUGAGUUUUGGUGACCACGUUGGGUUUUUUUGUGUCUGUGUGUCAACAGCUUUGGCAGCACACAAAGCAUGUUUUUCCGUAUUGUAGCAUUUUCUGCACACAGUUUCUGUUGCCAGGUCUGCGCAGUCAGAAAUUGUUUGCUGGGUAAGAGUACAAAGUGACGUACAUUCAUACAUAUACUUCGACCAUUGCUUACUUCGUGUGAAUCUGAAGUUUGCGUGACGUUUUUUUUUUUGUUUAUUAAGAAUGAUAUAUAUCGAUACGAUUACUUUGAUUCUUGCGUGAUAAUUAUUUUGAUUUUUUGCGUGAGGUAUUCUUUAGUUUACCUGACUUAAGCUAUGAUUUUUAUUAAGGUUUUUUUUCUACUUGGCGUACGAUUAUUAUAGAACUUUGUAGUCUAUACGUAAAAUCGUUAUAUGCGGAACUUCUUUUCGCGCGUGUGUUUUUGCGCACAUAUGUACGUUGUAUACGAGCGAUUGUUACUGAAAUAAAGAAUAAUCGAACAUA